UAUAACGCCAAAUUCCUGCUCUUUCGCCAUUGUCGCCGAGGGUGAGAGAAACUAAGCAAAACCCACUCUUCACUCUCCGUCCCACCUUCCUUGUUCUCACUUCUCCACAAAAAAAAUGGCCGUUACAAUGGAGUCCGCCGGCGCCGGCGCAGCCACAAAUGAGAUUCAUAACGGCCACAACAACAACAAGUUGGCCGAUUUCGACCCUCCCGCCAAACCCAAACGUAACAAGUACGCCUUCGCCUGUGCAAUUCUCGCUUCCAUGACCUCCAUCUUGCUCGGCUAUGAUAUUGGAGUGAUGAGCGGGGCGGCGAUCUUCAUCAAGGACCAAUUCAAGAUCUCGGACACUCAAGUCGAGGUGCUGGUCGGAAUGCUCAACAUUUAUUCCUUGGUCGGAUCGGCCGCCGCCGGGAGGACCUCCGACUGGAUUGGACGCCGGUACACCAUCGUCGUCGCCGGAGCCAUCUUCUUCGUCGGAGCUCUGCUCAUGGGAUUCGCCCCCAACUACGCGUUCCUCAUGGUCGGCCGGUUCGUCGCCGGCGUCGGCGUCGGAUACGCCCUCAUGAUCGCCCCUGUCUAUACCGCCGAAGUCUCCCCUGCUUCUUCCCGCGGCUUCCUCACCUCUUUCCCUGAAGUGUUCAUCAACGCCGGAAUUCUACUCGGCUACGUCUCCAACUACGCCUUCUCCAAGUGCCCGGACAACAUCGGAUGGAGGCUGAUGCUCGGCGUCGGCGCAAUCCCAUCCGUCUUCCUCGCCGUCGGCGUCCUCGCGAUGCCGGAAUCCCCUCGUUGGCUGGUGAUGCAGGGCCGACUCGGCGACGCCAAGAAGGUCCUCGACCGGACCUCCGAUUCCCCUGAAGAAUCCCAAUUGCGACUCGCCGACAUCAAAGAAGCCGCCGGGAUCCCCGAGGAAUGCAACGACGACGUCGUCAAGGUCGAAAAGAAAUCCCACGGCGAGGGCGUCUGGAAGGAGCUCCUCCUCCGCCCCACCCCCACCGUCCGCCACAUCCUGAUCUGCGCCGUCGGGAUCCACUUCUUCCAGCAAGCCUCCGGCAUCGACGCCGUCGUGCUCUACAGCCCGAGGAUCUUCGAAAAGGCCGGAAUCACCUCGUCGGACAAGAAGCUCCUCGCCACCAUCGCCGUCGGGUUCACGAAAACCGUCUUCAUCCUCGUCGCCACUUUCCUCCUCGACCGGGUCGGGCGGCGGCCGCUGCUGCUCAGCAGCGUCGCCGGGAUGGUGGUUUCCCUGGUAACCCUAGGGUUGAGCCUGGAAGUAAUCGACCACACGGCCCAUACGGUGGAUUGGGCCGUGGGCCUGUGCAUCUCCAUGGUCCUGGCCUACGUGGCGUUUUUCUCGAUCGGGAUGGGCCCGAUUACUUGGGUCUACAGCUCGGAGAUUUUCCCGCUCCGGCUGCGGGCCCAAGGGACGAGCAUGGGGGUGGCGGUCAACAGGGUGGUCAGCGGGGUGAUUUCGACCACGUUUAUUUCGAUGUACAAAGGGAUGACGAUCAGCGGCGCCUUCUUCUUGUUCGCCGGAAUCGCCGCCGUGGCGUUUGUGUUCUUCUUCCUGUGUUAUCCGGAGACGCAAGGGAGGACGUUGGAGGAUAUGCAGAUUCUUUUCGGGAGUUUUAUUGGGUGGAGGGCUUUGAAGCUUGAGAGGUUGAGGGAAAGGGAGGAGAAAAAUGGGAGGGAAGUGGAAUUGUUAGAUAGUAAGAAGUAAAAGGGAGGGGAAGGAAGAGUAUUUAGGAGAGGUGAUAUAAUGGUGGUGGUUAAUGUGUGGCAUUUUGCAAAAAAUAUAAGUAAUAAAAAAAAAUGUCACAUGAUAAUUUACUAUAUGUAUAUGUAGUUGGGUUUUCCUUGUUGUUGUUGUGUGUUUUGGUGAAAACGAGAAGUGAAAUGUGGAAAAUGUGUUGUCACAUAGACACUUCGGUACGCGAGUUGAAAUAGAAUUCGGUUAAUACAAACAAGCUUGAGUCUGUGGAAGAGAGUUUCGAAAGUGAAUUUUAUGUUAAUUGUGUUACAUGUCAUCUCAAAGGAAUAUAAGUUCAUGGGGUUUGAAUGAUGGACUUGCACAGAUCUAUCUUUGUCAUGUGUUUUAAUGGGUACUAUCACUGGUCUUCAACCCGAAAAAUACCACAUUGGAAUCUUUUUAAAUAAUACUUAACAAUACAAGCCUUACCAUAUCACCCCAAACAUCAAAACAAU